AUGUACUCGAGGGCCGCUUGCCGUGGCCUCAAUGGCUCCGUCUGCCGGGCAUCCACUGAUCCCUUAUCAGCAGCUGUUGCCCCUCCCCUCACAUCUCGACUUACAGAUCUCCGACUCCGGAGCCGGGAGCCCGUCAUCUCUCAACGGCCGUUUCACUCAAAGUCGAGUGACAGAUCCGUGGCAGACGCCGUCCCCGUCGAGAGAAAAGCGACCUUUGAGAAGCGACAGCAGCCGUCACCGUUCGAUGGCGUCCGGGAACGCAGGGCCAAGGCCGGCAAGCUGAUUGCGGGCGUGGCCGCGGCUUCAGACAGUGACAUGUUUAAAGCUCCUGCAAUCGGGAAGCCCAAUUCAAAGCGAUGGGAUCAUCACCUCUCCAAAGAAUCCCUCGCCCGCCACCCCUGCUCCCUGAAACAAGCCGCCCGUCACCUGAAAAAACCAGGCCUCAUCUCCCUCGGCGGCGGCCUCCCCUCGAGCGCCUACUUCCCCUUCGCCUCCCUCUCCGUCCGCGUCCCCACGGCCCCGCACUUCUCCGAGGCCGACACCAUCGGCGCCCACGGCCAAGACAUCACCGUCGGCAAAUACGACGUCCGCGACACCCCGGACGCGGAGUACGACCUCUCCAUCGCCCUCAACUACACCCAGUCCACCGGCUCCGCCCAGAUGAUGCGCUUCGUCACGGAACACACCGAGCUCGUCUACAACCCGCCCUACGCGGACUGGCAGUGCUGCCAGACCGUCGGCAGCACCGCCGCGCUCGAGCAGACGCUGCGCAUGUUCUGCGAUAAAGACCGGAAAGAUGCCGUCCUGACGGAGGAGUACAGCUUCUCCACCGCGCUCGAGACCAUUGCCCCGCUCGGCGUGAAAGCCGUCGGCGUCCCCGUCGACGCGGAAGGCUUGCUUCCCGACGCCAUGGACGAGAUGCUCUCCGCCUGGGACCCGGCGGCGCGAGGCGGGCACAGGAAGCCGCAUCUGCUCUACACCGUCCCCUCGGGCCAGAACCCCACGGGCGCAACGCAGUCCGCGGCCCGGCGGCGCGCCAUCUACGCCGUGGCGCAGAAACACGACCUCUACAUCAUCGAGGACGAGCCCUACUACUUUCUCCAGAUGCAACCCUACACCGGGCCCGAGACCCCUUCUGCCCCGCCCCCGUCUUCCGUCGACGAGUUCCUCGGCACGCUGAUCCCCUCCCUCCUAAGCAUGGACACGGACGGCCGCGUGCUCCGGAUGGACUCCUUCAGUAAGGUCCUCGUCCCGGGUUCACGCCUGGGCUGGGUCACGGCGUCGGCGCAGGUGAUUGAGCGCUUCAUCCGCCACGCCGAGGUCGCGAACCAAGGGCCCAGCGGGUUUUCGCAGGUCGCUGUUUGGAAGCUUCUCGACGAGACGUGGGGCCAUGAGGGCUACCUCCAGUGGUUGAUGAACUUGCGCAUGGAGUAUACGCAGCGCCGCGACUGGCUGCUCGCCGCGUGCGAGAAGCAUCUUCCCCGUGACAUUGUGAGCUGGACGCCUCCUGCUGCUGGCAUGUUUCUAUGGCUCAAGAUAGACCACACGGCCCACCCAGAUAGCAGCACAACCCGCCCCCUCCUUGAAAUCGAAGAAGAAAUCUUCAACUCGUGCAUCGACAAGGGCGUCCUCUGCGCCCGCGGCUCCUGGUUCCGCACCGAGCAGGACACACCCCUCAAGGACCUCUUCUUCCGCGCCACCUUUGCCUCGGCAAGCGAGCAGGAUAUGGAUAAGGCGAUUCAGAGGCUGGGGGCUGCCAUCAAGGAGAGUUUCCGCAUUGCGUGA